GACCAAUUGAAUUUCAAGGCCCUAGUUGCCAAUUGGACUUGCUCGGCAUCUUCCAUUAACACAACUUUAGAACUCCUUCUGGGCUCUAGCUGAUCGGUCUGAGCCAAGAGCAGCUGGCAGCAGCUGAACGUGCAACGUCACUGGAAAUUUUCUGGUAGACGGCCCUCCUCGUCGCCGAAGCUCUUGGACAGGCGAAGCUGCGAUUGGGCACCUCUUCAAAAGCAGCCGACACCAUGAGGGGAAAGAGAUUGCACGCCCUCAAACGGCCGAAACUCCGGCAGAGCUGGAACAAGUACAACUUGUACAACUUCUGGCGCCAACGCGACCCCAAGAUCGGCCUCAAGGAUGACGAAACCUUCUUCCAGCAGAAAUGGCGCGCCAAGGGUCUGCUGCGAUCCUAUCACGGUGAACAUGUGCGCGAGCGCGACUGGGAGCGCAUGUUCAGCCGCCGGUUGCUCUCCGUCGCCAACAUGGAUGCCCGCUACAUGGCCGAGUGGGACGGAUCUGAGCAGGCGGCCGGGCGCGGAAGCGGCCAGGACAAGCGGCCCAACUGGAACGCCCCCGACGUCAAGCCCAUGACCCUGACGCCCUACAUGAACAUGGCAUUUGCGCCGCUCGAACGACGCCUCGACGUGGCCGUCUUCCGCGCCCUGUUCGCCAGCAGUGCGCGCCAGGCACGCGGUAUGUGUGUCCAUGGCCACGUCAAGGUCAACGGCAAGGUGACGCCCCAUCCGACGUACAAGCUCAACCCCGGCGACAUGAUCAGUGUCAACCCGGACAUUGUCAUGUUCGCCACGGGCCGUCCCAAGGGCAAAGCCUACGUUGAACCGACACCCAGCGGCACUGCCAGUGCUGCUAAGAACAAAAAGCUGCGAGAAUUGUACGAGAGAGGGGUGUGUUACGCUUGCAGGAAGCCAGGGCAUUUAGCCGCCCACUGCCCAGGAGCGGGAGCAUCAGAGCAGGAGCUGUCAGUCGCCGAAGCCGAGUCAGACGCGACCGUGUCGGCACAACAAGCAGCAGCAGAGCAAGAUCCCGACACAACCGACGCGCCUGAGGCCCCGGUAGAAGAUAUGAAGCCCACCCGCGAAGCCAUCCAAUCCCUCAUGUCCCAAGCCAAGUUGGUCCUGGCUGCCGAGGCACCCACCCUCAAAGUCAAGCAAAAGCGCGACCUGCGCUCCUUCAUCAAACAAGCCAAGCCCCUUUUGUCCAGAGCCGGUCGCCCCUCCGCCACCCCCAGCGACAUCGCCUCAGAGCUGACCAAGAUGGUGUCGGAACUCAACCUAGUCGACAUCUCUAACGACACCCAAGAAGCCGCUGCUCAAGAAGCCGCCUCGUCAUCCGAGACACGCGAGCCCCCCAAGUCGAUAGACGACCUGACGACCGACGAGCGCAAGGCGCUUGAGCGCCUCAUUCGCGAGGAAGAGGAGAACCCCAUCGACCCUUCUAAGCCGUAUGCCACGCCAUGGCGGCCUCGGUCUUAUAUGGCGCCUUUUGCCUUUAUUCCCAAAUACCUUGAGGUGAACCAGAACGUGUGCUCGGCUGUGUACCUGCGGCACCCCGUGGCGAGGGUUGGCAGGGCCGAGGUACCGACCCCGUAUGGUUACCGCAUCAACCAACUGGCUUUCAACUGGUACUUGAGGAGACGUUAAGGGGGCCCCUUUGUGUUUCAAGAUGAAGCAGCAGGAGGGAGGGGCAAGGAGUCGGUGGCGGUGUCGGUGGCGGUGUAUCAAAGUACCAAGAAAAGUGCUUGUACUAUGCCAUGUUAGGCCAUCUACUUUGCGUAUAGGCAGAAAGGGGGCCUUGAGGAUGUGUCGCAGUCAAGCGAAGCCAAGCGCGGCAAGAGCUGGUCCAAGGAACGAACACCUAACCAAAAUGAAAUGUGUAUAGAGAUGUAUAUUACAAGAACAAUAUGUA